AUGGCGUCUUCUACUUCUGUGCCUCUGGGAUUUCACUAUGAAACAAAGUAUGUUGUUCUCAGCUACUUGGGACUCCUCUCUCAGGAAAAGCUACAAGAGCAUCAUUUUUCUCCAAUCCAAGUUCAACAAGAUGUUGCUUCACAAUCUCUGGAUCAAGAAGCUUUAUUAAAAGUUAAAACUGAAAUUGAAGAAGAGCUAAGAUUUCUGGACAAAGAAAUUUCUGAAGCCUUUACCAACAUAGGCUUUGACCAGCACACAUCUCCAGUGUUCAGCCCUGCUAACCCAGUAGAACACUGCUUGGCUCAUCUUGGAGAAAGAGUGUCCCAGGAACUGAAAGAGCCUCUACAUAAGGCAUUGCAAAUGCUCCUCAGCCAGCCAGUGACAUAUCAGUCAUAUCGGGAAUGUACUCUGGAGAUCACAAUUCAUGCCAGCGGCUGGAAUAAGAUUUUGGUGCCACUGGUUUUGCUACAACAAAUGCUUUUGGAGUUGACAAGGCGUGGUCAAGAACCUUUGGGUACAUUGCUACAGUUUGGUGUGACAUAUCUGGAAGACUAUGCAGCAGAAUACAUCAUCCAGCAAGGUGGCUGGGGCACUGUCUUUAAUCUUGAGUCCAAGGAGGAGGAAUACCCUGAAGUUGUUGCCGAAGAUAGCAAUGACAUUUAUAUCCUUCCCAGUGACAAUUCUGGACAAGUCAGUCCUACAGAGUCUCCAACUGUGACUACUUCUUGGCAGUCAGAGAGCUUACCUAUUUCCUUGUCAGUCAGCCAGAGUUGGCAUACCGAAAGCCUACCAGUGUCCCUGGGUCCUGAGUCCUGGCAGCAGAUCACAAUGGAUCCCGAAGUAAAAAGCUUAGAUAGCAAUGGGGCUGGAGAGAAGAGUGAAAACAAUUCUUCUAAUUCUGACAUUGUGCAUGUUGAGAAAGAAGAAAUACCUGAGGGUGUGGAAGAGGCUGCUGUGACAUCUGUAGUCUUGUCAACCAGGGAGCUGCAAGAGGCACUCCCUAAAGCCCCAGCUCCCUUGCUUCCACAUAUUACUGCCACUUCCUUGCUGGGCAUGAGAGAAUCUGACACAGAAAUGACUGCAGUUGAGAAAGUCAGCCCAGCUACAUCAUUAUUUGUAGAACUUGAUGAAGAUGAGAUGAAAGCAGCUAUAAUUGAACCUAUUGAACGAGAGGAGAUGAUCCCUAUACUGGAACCCACAAAAACACUGUUGAGUGAAGAGAUGACUAUAAGGAAAAAGAGUCUUAUGGAAGGGUCCUACCCUGCUGGAGAAGAGAAGUCUAUGGCAUUGUCUGAGGGCAAGUCUAUACUGUUGUUUGGAGGGGCUGCUGCUUUUGCUAUCCUGGCUGUGGCAGUUGGAGUAGCAUUGGCUCUGAGAAAGAAAUAG